GGGCCGGCGCGAGAUCGAGGAGCGCGAGAGGGACGGCGCGGCGCAGCCGGCGCAGAGCGAGCCCGACGAGCUCAACGAGGUACUGCGCGCCGUCAGGGGCGAGUCGCUGUCGGGCACGGCCGCGGCGGCGGCGGCGGGUCCCGAGGGCCAGAGCGCGCAGGUCGACGACGCGCACGAGGGGGCCGCAGACGAGUCGAGGGCGCCGCCGGGCUCGGGCGCGACGCCUCAGUCGCCCAGUCGCCCGAGCCGCAAGCGCUCGCGCCACGAGGACCUGGCCGACGAGGACGACACCGAGGAGAACAAGGAGCGUCGUCGUGCCGAGCGCAAAAAGCUCGAGGCCGUGUGCAAGAUGGCGCGGCGGCGGUGCGUCGAGGCGAGCGAGCGCGACGGCGUGCCCGUCAACGACGAGACGCGUGCGGCCGACGACGAGCCGCAGCUCGGCGAGCGCCACAAGGGCGUGUGGGACCUCUUCUCGCAGCCUCUCGACGACAUCUCGCCGCAGAUUCAGGUCCUCAUGGCUCGAGCGAUGCGCGACGCAACGUAUCCGCCUCGCCUGCGGCUGUACGACCACCCCGAGGCGCUCGAGCAGCUCGAGGCGGCCGUCCCGUGGUUCCUCACGCUGCUCCAGACGAUCCAGAGCCGGUACGAGCUCGCCGCCGCCGACCCACCUGCGCCGCUCGACCCGCCUCUCGCUGGCCCUUUCGCCAGCGCCGCCCUCGAGAACGGCGUCUAGGCGUCCAUCGACGUGCACGUCGUCAACCUCGUCGUCGUCAAGAAGGCGCAAGACGGCACCCACCACGCGCGGCUCAGCUUCUUGCUUGCGCUUCUUCUCCUCGAACCUUCCCUUGUCUCUGCUUCCCUUGGUAGCUGCCCCCUCGUCAUUCUCCCGCCAUCGUCAUCAACCCGCAUCCGUCUGCUUUGUCUCUUUGUCUCUGUCUCCGUGCGUGCGCUCGCUGCGCAAGAGCUCGAGGAGGACGAGCGAGAGGAGGUUCGUCCGGCACAAGCCGUCGAGGGCCGGCACCUCAUCGCCAGGGCCGAGCGAUGGCGAGAGUGCGGCUCUCUGGGUGGGCGACAGGCGACCGCCGAGCGAGGAACGUCGAGCGAGCGCAGACGCAGCGACUCG